CUUGUUUUUGCUUAAUUUUCCAGGAGCUCAUGUGAACCCUGCUGUCUCAAUAGCCAUGGUGAUUUUGGGGAAACUUCCUUUGAAGAAAUUCCCAGUGUAUGUGGUGGCACAGUUCCUUGGAGCAUUUGUUGGUUCCUGUGCAGUCUUUGGUUUAUAUUAUGAUGCUUUGAUGGACUACACUGGUGGAAAACUCGAAGUUACUGGUGAAAAUGCAACAGCCAACAUUUUUGCAUCUUACCCUGCGAAACAUCUCUCACUGCUAAAUGGGUUUGUAGACCAGGUCAUAGCAACUGGUGCUCUGAUUUUGUGCAUCCUGGCCAUCACUGACAGGAAAAACAUCGGCGCCCCAAAAGGCAUGGAACCACUCUGCAUUGGCUUGAUCAUAAUGGCCAUCGGAGUUUCUAUGGGUCUGAACUGCGGCUAUCCCAUAAACCCUGCACGAGACCUUGGCCCACGAUUCUUCACCGCUGUGGCUGGGUGGGGCACUGAUGUGUUCAGAGCCGGGGGCUGCUGGUGGUGGAUCCCUGUAGUAGGACCCAUGGUUGGUGGAGCUGUUGGUGCUGGGAUUUACUUCCUCCUCAUUGAUUUGCACCAACCGGAGCCUCAGAAACAGGAAAACAACGUUCGGGACAAAUAUGAAAGCAUUACUCUGACUUAAAGUAAAGAAUCUAAGCAAAAAUGCAUUAAGAUUCCAAAAAAAAAAAAAAAUUUAAAACAAUCCACUGGACUUUGUUUCCAAGUUUGAAGACGUUUCGCUUUCCAUCCAAAAAAAUUAAUUAAGAAAAUCUGAAAAGAUAUACCUUUUCAAUAAAGCCAUUUGAAUGAAUUCAUAUCCCAGUCAGUCCUGAUUUUCAAUGGAUUCUUCAAGUUGCUGCAGUAUUUUUGAUGACAAACAAUCAACACAGGAUUCAGUAUUAAAAUGUGACCAUUUAUUAUGGAAAUUUGUUUCUGUGCAUUUUUUAUUUAAUAACUUUCAAGGGUAGGAGAGACUUUACUUUUUUUACUUUGUAUUUUUCAUGCACAUUAAAGGUACUUGUUUGUUGCUUUAUUAGGUCUGAAAUAGUUCUGCUUUUAUUUUAAGUCUGCCGUAAAUACAAAUAGUAAUAACUAUUUUUCCAGAUAUUUUUGGGGGGGUUACUUCUUAAAACUAGGGUACAUUUCUCAUUUAGGAAAAUGUUUGGUGUUCAGUCAAAACUGUUUCACAGUGUUAAGAACAAUUACAGCUCAGGACAUUUAAGCCUUCGCUGGAUUAAAGGAUAAUUUUGGGCUAUUUUUGUUUGUCUACAUAUGUACAGAUGUAGCGGUUUAAAAGUUCCCCUUUAGGCCAAAAGACAGCCGAAUGGCCUCUGAUUUUUGCCAACUUCCCUCCAAAUUCCAGCCGCUGGAGUGGCUCCCCUCUUUCUGCUGCAAGUGUCAAUGUUUACUGUAAUUGCAGCCAUUUAUUGAAAUAUAGGGUAUUUCAGGGAUACAAUCUGGCUGCUAGGGGUAUUGCCUGACUGACAGCAUCAUCACAGGGGAUUUACCCUCACGGAUCUGCUGGGUACCAGCGAAGAACCUGCCAAGGAUGAGUCAAAGACCUAUCAUGGGGAAUUUUUUAACCGCUACUACUGUAAAAUCAAAAAUUAUAGCCUGGCCAACUGGACUGAUACGACGUAUACAUGGUGUGUCAGUCUGGUAAAGGGCUUAUAAAGCUUGAUUAGAGUGGCUGGACUAACAGGGUUAGCCCCAUCAUGUUAGAACCAUUCAGAUAACUACAGAUGUGAUUCAAAACCUACAAGGGACACAUUAGGUUUUUGUAAUUUCAUAGUCUGUAAAACAUAUCAAGCUGUCAAAGAAUUUCUCCAUUGAAUGAUUUUCUGCCAAUUGAACCUAAAUAAUCUGAGCAUAUAAGGUCUGCUUUACUUUUUGUUGCAUUUACUAUGUUGCGGCCGCCAGCUUUUUGUUAUGCUAGCAGACAUGCGCUGCUGCCUUAUGGGUAAUUCUGCCACUGAGAGUCAUGCAUCGUAAAGUCCAACCUCCCUUGCUGUGAUUGGUCCGGCCAAAUCCAGAAUGAAUGACGCUUUGUGUAAUUCAGUCUGGCUGGUCAGGCUACUAAAAUGUAACAAUAACAAAAGAAGCAAUACUGCGUGGAAGAGCAAAAAUGUGAAACAAUUAAUCCCAAUAAAUGUGUUUGUAAGUUUUGAAUUUAGUCUUGGGCGAAAGCUAAAAAAAAAGAAGAUGCUGUGACAAAAACUUUAAGUGAGCAUUUGUCUAUGUAUGAAUUCCUCAUUUAUGAGCUUUUACUGUAGGAUACUGAUUUUACAGCAGCCCCAGUGGUUGUUUUAUUAAACUUUCAGCAUUAAUCGGCAGCAUUUAUUCCUAGAGUUUGUUUUUAAAUUGUUUGUUAAUUGAUAAUAAGUACACCAGUGUAAAGAUGUUUUGAUUGUAGGAAUUAAAGUAAUACGUUUUUUCCUGAUCAAUAAGCAAAGGGAAAUCACAAAAUAUAUUAUUUGUCCCUUUUUUUGUAAGUUAAAGUACACAAAUAGAUAUGGACUAGAUUUCUUUUCUGUCUAUUUCUGUGGAUAUUAUGGAUUUACCUGACUUAAACAUUUAUAAUGUUGACAUUAUUUGCUAACUUUUUGCAUGGCUUAAAUUUUGUUUUAGAAAACUGAACUGGACUUAAUACCAGGUUCACUUUAUUGUCUAAAAAGCAUGGAUUAUAUAGUCUAGGAAAAACAGAUGCCAUUUGUUGUAAAACACAAGAAUUUGAAAUGUUAAACGUAUGUAUUGUAGAUCUGUGCAAAUAAAAGUUAUCUUUCCACUUCCA